AUGGAGCAGGAACUUCUCACGCUCCUGGCCGACACACAGUCGCCCCAGGCGGACACGAGAAAGACCGCGGAAGCCAAACUGCAACAGCUCUAUUCGAACGAAUCAUUCCCCAUUUCCCUCACUGCCAUUGCCUCCCACGAAUCUGUCCCUGUCAACUUGCGUCAAUCAUCCCUCUCCGUCUUGCGCACCUUCAUUGCUGCCACCUGGUCGCCCAACCUCGACGAGUUCAAGGGCCAGAUCCUCGUCAACGACGCCAACAAGGCACAGAUUCGCCGCGCACUUCUCGAGCUUGCUACAACGGUUGAGACACCCGAGCGUAAGGUCAAGGCGUCGGCCAGCUAUGCGGUCAGCAAGAUCGCGAGCGCAGACUUCCCCGAUGACUGGCCAGAGCUUCUGCCUUCGCUGCUGCAUAUCAUCAAUGACGCUGCGACCAGUGACAGCGCGCUGCACGGCGCCUUGAAAGUGCUUCUGGAUCUGGUUGACACCGGUUUUUCAAUGUUGCCCGCGAUCUUGUCUCCUCCUCUCUUCGCCGUGGCUACAUCCCAAACGCGGCGGCCGAUCCUGCGAGCCCUGGCCGUGGCAGCUUUCCGUUCUUGCUUCGACACUCUCGAGAUGGUUCUGGAGCAACAUAAGGUUGCCAUUAAACAGUUCGUGGAUGAGUUGCUAGGCGGGUGGUCACCAUUCUUUGUGGAGAUUCUGAAAGCGCCUCUGCCUCAGCCACCUAGCGAAGAAGAGGCUAACAAGCAAGGCGAGGUUGCAUCACAAUGGCGCGGAAGCAUUGCGCUGAAGCUCCAAAUCGUCAAGACUCUCAUGAAGAUCCGCAUGGUCUUCCCGACCCUCCUGACUGCCCAGAGCCCGGCCUACUUCUCAACUGUGUGGACGGAGCUGACCAAUGUCCUCCCCGUUUAUCAAAAUUUCUAUCUUGAGGAUGAACGCCAGGCCCGCCUGGAAGAUGUGGACGGCCUGCCGUACUCGCUCGACUUCCUCGUGCUGGAGGAAUUAGACCUUAUCCAAACUCUACUUAAAGCACCCCCAGUCAAAGCAGAAUUGCAAAAAGAAUUACAGAAUGCCGAGGGUGCUGCAAGUGCGAAGAGCUGGUUGCCAGAGCUCAUGAAGCUCGCUAGUUCGUAUGCACAGAUUACCACUGAAGAAGAGGGUCUAUGGGAGAUCGAUGUGAAUCUUUUCCUAUCAGAAGAGACAUCAGUUACUGCCAAUUAUACCCCCCGAACCUGCAGUGGCGAUUUGGCCAUCAAAGUCGCUGACUGGCUGCGGGAGAAGGCCGCCGAAGGCGUUCUGACCUAUAUGAAUACUCUUUUCACCGAUGCCUCUGCAGCCCUCUAUAUCCUCAACUCCCUGCUACGCGAGUUUGCUGAGGACGACCAACAAAUAUCCCCCGAUCUCGCGAAUCAUUUCACCCAGUUUGUUCAGUACGCUAUGCAGCAGGAGCAGGAGCUUUUGCGUGCACGCGGCUAUCUUGUGGCCGGAUCCCUAGCCAAGGUUGCCGGCGAGGCAUUCCAGCAGACUACCACAUCCUACUUGGAGGCUGCGCUGAAGGCAAUUGCCGAAGAUCCCGCCGAAGUAGUUAGGGUUGCUUGUAUCCGAGUGUUGCAAGAUCUUCUGCCGUCCCUGCCGGCGAACGUGGCUCGUCCAUUCCAGGUCACAGUGAUUUCAGCCAUCUCCGAUUUUGUAUCCGCGCACGACCUGCGCGAAGAUGCCGAAUGUGACGAUCUCAAAGUGACACUAGCGGAAACCCUCCGCGACACCAUCAAGACUGACCCCUCAGUGGUUCUGUCAUCCAUUGCGAUCGAUGUGCUCUUCAAUAUUGCCAGCAGCGGUGCCGAGAACUUCCAGCUGACUCUGACUGUCACCGAAGCCUUCGAGGAUAUCGUGGAUCAAAUCGCCGAGAAUGGACCCGAUGCAUACAUGCGCCUUUGCGAGAGGGUUCUCCCGAGCCUGAUGGGCGCCAUUGACGUUGGAAAUCUGACUGAGGAAAACGCUUUGACUAACUUUGCCGCGGACCUGCUCCGGGCCCUAGCGGAGCGCAGCCUGGAGCCCAUGCCUGCUGGCUUUGUCGAGACUGUUAUGCCCAAGCUCAACCGUUUACUGCUGGACUCGGACGAGGCCGAGCUGAUUCGGCCCGCGACUGAGGCAGUGCGCCACAUGCUUUCCCAUGACUUUGCACAGUUUUUGGCCUGGCGGGAUCCCCAGUCUGGCAAGGAAGCGAUUGAGGUAGUGCUGGUGAUUAUCGACCGCCUUCUGGGCCCGGCCGUGGACGACAACGCGGCGACCGAAGUUGGCCAGCUGGCCGCCGAAUUAGUGGAACGCGCAGGCUCCGAGCGCCUGGGGCCGUAUCUUCCUCAGCUUCUGCAAGCCGUAGCUCAGCGACUAGCAACGGCACAACAGGCUCAAUUCAUCCAGAGUCUGAUCCUAGUGUUCGCACGACUCACUCUGAUCAGCGCCCGAGAAGUGGUCGACUUCCUGGCGCAGGUGAACCUAGGCGGACAGAGUGGAUUGGUUGUUGUGCUAAGCAAGUGGCUUGAGAACUCAGUCAACUUCGCCGGCUAUGACGAAAUCAAGCAAAAUAUCUUCGCGCUCGCCCGCCUGUAUGAACUCGCAGACCCCCGCCUGGCCGAAGUUCCCGUCAAGGGCGACCUGAUCAUCCAGGACACGGGCCGCAUUAAGACACGCUCACAGGCGCGCGCCAAUCCAGACCGCUUCACGACUGUGCCAGCGCCAUUGAAGAUCGUCAAGGUGCUGGUGGAGGAGCUGUCUGCAGCAUCCGGCAACGCGGCGAUGGAUGCCGCGCAGGCCGCAGCUCUGGAUGAUGCUGCCAGUGACGAUGGCGACGACGACUGGGAGGAUGUUCCGGGACAGAUUCUGGAUCUCGGAUUGGGCAUGACUAAACAACAGCUGAUGAGUUUCGGAGAGGGCGGAUCGGAGGGCGUGUUUGGAGUGCGGCGGCGGGAUGAUGAAACCCAGGCAUUCCUGGUCGAUUUUUUCCGACGGGCAUCUCAACAACCAGCAUUUGCGGAACUAUUUGGCGCGUUGACCGCGGAUGAGCAGGGCAAGCUGCAGAGCUUGGGAUAG